AUUCAGGAAACGCGUCCACAUCAACGUCAACACUCGUCACCGAUCUGAGGCUCAUGUACCAAGGUCUCAGCCAACCAUGAGCUACAACUUCAAACACGUCUAUUCAAAUUCCACAUGCGACUGGCGGUCAACUCACGCGCCGCACCUGUACGUCUCUCGCUCGGCCCUGACAUGAAUCCGAGCCAUGACAAUUUCUUCCAUCCCUAUCAACCUUACCCCAUUCAACAUGAUUUCAUGACCAAGCUUUACUCCUGUAUCGAGCAUGGGAACGUCGGUAUCUUCGAGUCUCCAACAGGCACAGGCAAGUCGCUCAGCCUGAUCUGUGGUUCCUUAACUUGGUUACGAGAUCAUGACCGCCGGCUCCUCCACACCGACGAUACCCCUGACAAUGCGGACUGGUUGCUUCAAGCCGAGGCCAACGUCCAUAGACGGCAAGUUAUCCUCGAGCGACAGGAACUCGAGCAAAGGCUCGCCAGCAUUCGGCUUCAAGAGGCCAAACGCAUCCAACGUCGCCUUGACGUCCCAUUGGCCAAGAGGCCUCGUGUGAGUCAACAAAAUGGCCAGAGUGAAAAGCCAGACAACGAUGAAUACAUGCUUGAGGACUACAACAGUGACACAGACACACCCUCAUCCACAAAUGAACAGAGUCGUUUCUCAGCCAAAACGCAGGACCUGUUAGACAAACUGUCCAAGCCUUCCAAAACCGUGGCCGAGGAUGAAGAAACUGAUCGACACAAGCUGAUCAUUUGUUCGCGGACCCACUCUCAACUCACACAGUUUGUCAGUGAAUUACGUCGUGUCAAGGUCCCAGGCUCCUUGCCAAACCAUACGAGUGACCAGAAUCCGAGUGCAUUUGCCGAAGAAAGCGUGAAACACCUGCCCUUGAGCUCGAGGAAGCACCUCUGCAUCAAUCCCAACGUUUCUCGCUUACAAUCUACUAUAGCAAUCAACGAACAAUGCCUCGAAUUGCAGAAACCCGGCACCCCAAAAGACAAGAAAUGCCCUUACCUACCCGGCAAGGAGGAAAGGGAUAAGAUGGACGAAUUUCGUGAUAGAACAAUGGCGCAAAUCAGAGAUAUCGAGGACAUUGGUGCCCUCGGCCGUGAAAUGAAGACAUGCCCUUACUAUGCGUCUCGGAAUGCAAUUCGACAGUCAGAAGUCCUGACCUUACCGUAUCCCCUACUCCUCCAGAAAUCGGCCCGGGAAGCCCUAGGCGUCUCCGUUAAGAACAAUAUCGUCAUCAUUGAUGAGGCACACAAUUUGAUGGAUGCGAUUGCGGAGACACACUCGGCAAAUUUAAGUCUUUCUCAGCUCGACCAGGCCAUUGAUCAAGCAACAGCAUACGCUGUGCGUUUCAAAAAUCGACUCAAGGGCAAGAAUCGCGUUUACGUCACUCAGGUCUUGCGUGUUUUAAACUCCUUGGUGGCCUGUUUGCGCAGCACGGUGACGCAAAUGAAAUCUGAAGAGGUCACAGUGACAACUGCUCAACUGAUGUCUGGGAAAGGGAUGGACCAGAUCAAGCCGCACAAGCUCUUGCAAUUUCUCCACGAAAGCAAGCUUGCCCACAAGAUCGAAGGCUACUCAGAAUCAGGGACAAGCGGAGAUACCCAGCGACCCGCAAAACACAAAAAUGUCUUACUAUCCUUCCAGAACUUCCUGGCGAUACUCAUGAAUCCGGACGACGAAGGCCGGUUUUUUGUCUCCCGUACCGACCAAGAUGUGACUGUUCGUUAUACCUUGUUGAAUCCCAGAGAACAUUUUCGCGAUAUUGUCCGCGAAGCUCGUUCUGUUAUUCUGGCUGGCGGCACCAUGUCACCCAUGACUGACUACUCAGAUUAUCUCUUUCCAUACUUGACACAAAGUCAGUUACAGACGUUCAGCUUCGGGCAUGUUAUUCCUGACAGUAAUCUUUUUGCACAAGCAGUCACCCGAGGACCAGGCGGUAUUGCAUUCGACUUUACCUACGGCACAAGAGGCUCGACGGCCAUGAUGCUAGAACUGGGGAAAUUGGUUCUGCGGGUCUGUCAGUGUGUGCCCGAUGGUGUGGUGGCUUUCUUUCCCAGCUACAACUACCUGACGGAAGUCAUAGCCUGCUGGAGAAAAUCCGCAACUUCCGAGUCUGUCAUGACUUCACUUGAAAGAGUCACCACCGUAUUCCAAGAAAUGAAAGGAAACUCGGUUGACGACCUCCUGUGUGAGUAUGCUGCAGCGGUAGAUUCAGGAAGAGGUGGCCUAAUGCUAUCAGUUGUGGGUGGGAAGCUCUCUGAAGGCAUCAACUUUGCGGAUCGACUUGGCCGUGCUGUGAUAGCUGUUGGUCUACCAUUCCCGAACGCCAAUGGGGCCGAAUGGAAGGCCAAAUUGGCGCAUGUCGAGAGUUUGCAGUACCAGCAAUUCAAGGCAACGAAGCAAAUGAGUGAACACCAAAUGAGAGAGAAAGCGAAACAAGCAAGCCGAGAAUUUUAUGAAAAUGCAUGUAUGAGAGCAGUCAACCAGAGCAUUGGGAGAGUCAUUCGACACAGAAAUGAUUACGCUGCUAUAUUGAUGAUUGAUGGCAGAUUCGCAACGGAGCGCAUCCAGAGAAAAUUGCCUGGCUGGAUUCAGAGCAGUCUCAGGGUGAAGGAACAACACUGGGCGCAAAUUGAAAAGGAACUCGCAAGCUUCUUCCGACAGAAGUGUUGAUGACAGUUACGAACAUACAAUGACUAGAUCGAACAACAGAUCAGAUAGAUUAUGAUGCAGCGAUGCAAAUGUAAUAAAGCCUCGUUC